AUGAAACCAUUCACAGAUGAAGAUGUAGAAAUCUACAUCCAGAGCAAGGUGGAACGGCGCCAUUAUCUGGUUUCCAAAGCAGUGGAAGAGGUGCAGAAAAUCAUCCAGCAGCUGACGGCAGAAAUCAGCUGUAAGGCCAUGCGAUUCCAAGCCAUCUCCAACUCUGGCAUUCACAAUGAGAAUAUUAAGGUCUUAGCACCCAGCCAGUUCCUCAUCACGGUCCCUCUGCGCGGCCUGAGCGGGUACAGGGAGUGCCAGGUACGGCACUGGCGUUAUUACACCGUGCAUGGAGCCAAGCUCCUCUCCUCCGUGCGGGACCCUGAGGAGCUGCACCAGUGGCUAGAGGUGGAGCAGUUCUCAAAAAGCCUUCAGCAGUGGCAUGAAACGGAUGUGAACGUCGAAGGUGACCUGGUUCCAGCCAAAGUCCUUACCGUCUUCCGGGAGCUGGUGGAGAAGUCAAUUAUCUCCUGUAACCUCUCCAGUAAAGUGACAGUGCUGGAAAGCUUCAGCUCAGUAGUCCGGGUGGCUGUGGGGACAUCAGAAUCCCAGGUUGAGGUGGAGCUGGUCCCUGCUGUGGAGAUUCCAACCUGCUGGCCCGAGAAAGCCCGGUGGCCUCGUUGCCUCAAGCGUUGGCCUUCCCAGGAAAAAGUACAGUGUGUCAAGUCACUUGGUUUUGACCUUUUGGCCCGCUCCAAUUACCACUGGCAGCUGUGCUUCUUCCGUGCUGAGCAUCUCCUCAUGGAAGGCCUCGAUGAAGAUGGUGGUUGCCGCAUGAAGUGCUUCAGGGUCAUGAGGCAGAUGAAGGAAGAUGUCUGGUGUGCUGGAAAUAAGCCUGUCAUCACAACUUAUCACCUUCAGACAGUGCUAUUCUGGACGUGUGAAAAAUACCCACGCACCAAGGAUUGGCGCUGCUUCCCCGAAGCCUUUCUGAGGCUGGUGCAGAAGCUGCACAAGUGUGUAAGCCAGCACUUCCUCAAGCAUUACUUUGUCAAGAACACCAAUCUGCUCAAAUAUGCCAACACCAGUGACCUGGACGUGGUGGCCAGCAAGCUCGCAGUCUUCUUGGAGAACCCUGUCUUCUGCCUGGACUAAGGCAGGACAAUGUCUCCUCACCCCAACCCUGAGCUGAUUCCUCCACCUCCUCUCCCCACCUGUGGUUGUUCUUCAUGUCCUUCCAGU